AUGGCUUUCUUCGACCUAAACGUGCCCUACCUGGAGAGGGAGGGUUCGGCCCUCACCGCUGCGCAAGAAUCCGCCGCCGCCGCCAGCAAGGCCGCGAGGCUCAAGGUGGUGGUAAAGGCGAUGGAACUUGGAUACUCGGGUGUGGCGUACAACCGGACAAUCAGAGGCGUGGUUUCUGAUUCGGAUCGCUGCAAGAUCCCUCCCUUUCAUCUGUGCUCGCUUCUAGGCGUCGCCCCUGCCCUAGCGGCUGCAGCCAGGUUCCACCGUGAGAUUCUGAGAGUCCCGCUCCAGUCGCCUUUCCGACAGUACACGCGAUUGACAGUGACGGUGGAUAGCGAGCUCGGUGCUGCUGCUCUUAGUUCUGGAAACUCCGUUCUUCGGAGCUACCACUUGGUGGCUGUACGGCCUUUGAACCAGACUGCGUUCGACCAGAUUUGCAAAGUUUCCGAAGUGCGUAAUUUCAAAAAGUUCUUCACACUCCUCCAGUCACUUUUUUUUGUUAACAUAUAUGUCUGUGCGAAUGUUUUGGGAUGCCGCUGAUUAAUAUAGUACUGGGAGCACAUUGAUAUCCUUCCCAAAUGGACUUUGCAUUUGAUACAGUUGACAAAAUAUGGGAUUAGUCAGAGAAUUAAGAGUGGUAAGCUUUCGAAGAAGGAUGAUUUUUUGUUUCCUGGGUGAUUAUGCUAUAGUAUGGUGACAGGGGACAACAUCUGAUGUGAAAUUGACGAUGCUGCCGGGUUAAGACUGUCUGGCAUAAAUCUGACAGACAGUCUUAACCCAGAAGAAUAUUAUGUGCCAUUUUAUUGGGUUGAUGAGAAUUAUUGAACACGCAUAGGAUACCUGAAAUGCCACAAUUGACUUAUAGUAUCUGAGGUUUGGGGAUUAGCCUUCUGUUUGGAACACCGUCUUUCUCUUUGGAGGUAUUGGAAUAUCUGUCGGUGUUCCUUAUGUUCCUUAUUGGAGCAUGAAGCUCAUGAACUCUUAGCAGUCAUUUUAGUCGUCUAAGACUGGAUUGGGUCCGGUUGUUUAGCCUGGAUGGGAAGUAUUUCCAUUGGAUCAGAGCUUGUUGAUAGGCCUAGUUGGGAAUACAGGAUUCGGCUCGCGCCUCCUCUUCUGUUGGAAAUACAGUAGGAACGCAGUUGAAAAGGGUUGUAGAGGAUGAAACAGAGAUUAGGAAGUUUGUUUAAAUGCGGAAAUUACAAAAUGGCACUGUGAAUUUGGCAACUAAUGACACUUUGUACAAGCGUCUAUGCAGUUGUGUACAAGGCUGACAGCUGGCUAGGGGAAUGAGAAGUAUUCUCACUGUGACUAAAUAUUUUAUGGAGCUUGUGAUGGCAGGUAAAUUGAAUGCAAGUGGUGAAUCUAAAUGUCGCAUAAAUAUUUUAUGCGACAUUUUCAUAGUGUUAAUGAAAAUGUGAACAGCUAAUGGUUGCGUUGACUGAUCCUGCUUCGGGGAACAAAGUUUUGUGCUAGCUGUUUCUCUGAGUGAGAAGUUGGCUGCUAAUGCUGGCACUUCGGAGGAUUAUGUUUGAGAGAUUGGAGCUGUAAAGAAUUUUUCCGUAGUUAUUGUUAGUGUUCAUUACGCAGGUCAAGUGAGCAGAGAACUAGUCGGAGCUCAGCAUCAGGUCUCGGUGCUAGGAAUUUAGUUGGUUGGUGUAAUGGUGAACUUAUAAAAAUUAAUUGCGAUGCUAUGAGAUGCAAACACAUGAAAAAUUUAAACAGAAUAGGAGCCUGAUUAAGGGAAGGGACACUUUAUGUCAGAAAGGACAUUUAUGCUUAAGUGGAGGAACGAUUAAAUGGCCUAACAACUGACCAAAGUAAAUGUCGCAUAGUUCAUCGUAAUAAAGUUGACGCACAUGGCCUUGUGGUCUGAUCAGUAAAAUAGCUAUGAAAAUAUUGCCGAAUUUCUUCAUACAAUCUGGUAUCCUUUGUGAUCGGGUGGUCAUUCUUGCUAUGGCCUAUAGCUCAUUCCAGACAUGUUAUCAGUGUCUUCUUCGUUAUAAUGUGGUACAUUAUCCUCGUAAGUGGGUGACACGAGGAAAUUUCUGGAUGGCAAUUUCCCAUUAUUAGAGAGACCUUUUGAAAAGGAACUUUGUGUUCUUUCCGCAGGUACCUUUCAACAGUUUUUCUUUACAUUUAACUUUCUACUAACAUCAACUUACUACUCAACAUCGCUGUCACGAACCGAAAUUGGAUUUACUAGAAUGGGUUUCAAAUUACGUGCUUGAAAGCUGUGUUUUUUAUUAGUUUUUUUCACGUUAGGAUGUUCUUUUCACAGGUUGACCUGAUUGCAAUAGACUUUUCCCAAAAACUACCAUUCCGUCUGAAGCUUCCAAUGGUCAAAGCUGCAAUUGAGGUUUGUUCAGUCACCCAGCAUUUGGCUAUGUUGCAAAUUUCUGUUGGCCUUGAUGUGUGCUUGAGACCCUCCGGCUUGCAUAUAAAUUAUCUGAUGUUUGCCUUGAUUUGUGCAGCGUGGGAUAUAUUUUGAGAUCACUUACUCUCACCUAAUUUCAGAUGUGGAUGUACGGAGACAAAUGUUGACGAAUGCCAAGGUUAGAGACUUCCUUUCGUCAUCAUUCACUUAUGUUCUUCUUUUAGAGAAAUUACAAUGAAUAGUGCAGCAAAGUAGCAAGAGCCAAAAGUAACUUUAGCUUAAAAUUGCUAGGAUGACUGUUGCCUAUCCUUUCAUAAUAAUUAAGUCCAAGUCAUACACUUAUGAAAGGUCUUUCAAAUUUCUUUAACUCUCCUCUUCAGAGUGCAAUUUUCAGAUGAUUCAACAUCGAUAAUAUUCCUUUUUGUGGAAGUAGUUUUGUCAUAGUAUUUUAAAUGACAGCCAUCAUACUCAUUCCAUCUGGGGAAGUAAGUCCCUCAAAUUACUUGCUCAACAUACUCGAUCUAUGCUGCAUUUCUCUAUGAUUUAUGUUGCAUACGCAAGUGCAACAUAAAUUGUCUAUUUGAACAAAUUAUCCUAAUAUUUUGGUGAUGAUCCCGUUCAGUUGUUAUCCUGCCAAUAGUUCCAUGUGCAUGGGUUCCUGACUGAUGUAACGCAUCCACUCUUCACUCUAUCUUAAAAUCUCCAUUUUUUUCCUAAGAGGCUGUACACAUUAAUUUCAAGAAUCUCUGCGAUGGAAAGUCUGGCUUGCAUUCGCAGGCCAGCGACGUUUUGUAUGGACUUGCCUUCCGUUCUAGAUCUUCUCUCAUUAACUUCCAAUAUCUCAAAACUAAGUCUAUUGAAGUAAACAAAUGGAUCGACAUAGUUUGGAAUAGCUCUUGGCGACAUGUUACUAGCCGCUAUGCAUAGAUGAAAUAGUCACAAUUUUUUUUUUCACAUUUUCCGAUCAGAAUUGUUUCUAUACUCUUGGGGCCAUUCAUCUGAGUGUUUCAGUUCAUAAAUUUCAGGUGCUUGUCGAUUGGACACGAGGUAGAAAUCUCAUUUUCUCAAGCGGUGCCUCAAAUGUAAAUGAGGUUCGAGGGCCCUAUGAUGUCAUAAAUUUAUUUUCUUUGCUUGGUCUAUCUAUGGAAAAAGCCAAAAAAGCUGUGUCAAGGAACUGCAGGUGCUCUCUCCUUUCUUUUCUACAGUAUAUCAAGCGUUCAAAUCCCCUUCUUUUGUGUCAUCUAUGUGAUCUUCAUUUUUGUGCAGCUGUCUAUUAAAUGGCGCCCUACGGAGGAAGCAAUGCUAUGAUGAAGCUAUUAAAAUUGAAAAAAUUUCAUCUAGAACCCAGGUCAACUCAAAGGACUGGUUUUCUGAUUGGAGCAACUGGGAUCCAAUCUCUAGUGGAGACGGUGAUCUGCCUGCAUUGGAUGAUAUUGCGAGAAUUUUCUCUUCCUCUGGAGAUGUUUCACAGGUUUACAUCAAAGUCAACGAUGAAACAGCUGCAGAUGGGAUGUUGUUAGAUACAAUUUCUAGCAAGGAAGAAGAUCCUAUGUCAUCGGAUGACAGGGGCGUACGUUUGCCAAUAACUAGUGAGCAUGAAUCAUCUGGCCUAGGAAAUGAAGCUCCACUUCAAGACAGUCAUAAAAUGUCAGCCGGAGAUGAGAUCUUACUCCCUGCAACACCCCUAGGACACCACUUUCCACCUUCUGACUUAUGUACAGUGUCACCGAGAGAUGAAAACUCAGAGCCAGCUAUUACUGAAACCGAAGAAUUUAACUGUUCAUUUAACGAGAUGGAUGAUGCUUACACCGAAGAUUGGGAGCCGUCAUUGAGCAAUACUCCGAGCAGCUGUAAUCCUGUUAACAGAUCCAAUCCGCUGUCCCCAAGUGACAGUGUGAAGUUUUCCUCUGCUCCUGAGAAUGUUGGGAUAUCUGGUGUGUUUUCUGGCAAAACUCUGAGUUUGGACGGGCAUGAAGCUAUUUCAGUUGUUCCUUCAGCUCCAGUGGAUUCAACACUGUCCAAAGAUGUCAUCUUUGGCAUUCAAGAUGAAAUGCCUCCCAAUGAUCAGGAGAAACCAACAAGUAACCCAUCAGGAACUGACAGAGUGUCUUUUCUUGGAAAGGAUCCUGGAAGCGUGAUUGAGCCAUCCGGUGCACAGGACGUGCCAGAGAUGAAGGUUUUACCAAGAGCAGGCGAUUUAGAAAGGAAAGACCCUUUUAUGAGCGUUUUUGAUACGCUUUGCGAGAAAGAAUUUCCCAAAUGUGGGACAAGCGGAGAAGCUGAAAGAAUAUCUUUUCCAGAAACUGAUUCUUCUUUGUUUUCUAGUAAGGAUGCUGACAGCUUGAGGAAGCUCUCUAGUGAAUGUGAUGCGCCAGAGGGGAAGGCUUUAUCAAGGACAGAGGAUUUAGAGAGGAAAGACCCUUUCAUGGGCGUUUGUGGUAUGCUGUUCCAGAGAGACUCUGCUAAAUCUGGGACAGAUGGAGGAACUGACUGCAUGUCUUUUCCAGAAAGCAUUAGCUUCGUUGAAGUUUCCAAGGACAUGAAAGUGCAGGGUCAAAGGGACAUGGUUUCAGUGGUUGACAACACACCAUCUAGAGACAUUUUGGUCAACAUGCACGAAGAAAACAAAGCUUCUCCAACACCCAUUGACUGUCUGCAACAACACCCUAAACGAGGUAAGGGAUGACCUGUGGCUUCCCACUUCUAUUCUCUUCCAUUAACGGAAGAGAGUAUAUUUCCUUUUGACUCCGGUCGGUUUAUUGCUCUGUCAGACUUCUCUGGCCCUUAGUAGAACAGCCUCGAUUGAUUCACCAUAAAAACCAAGCUAGUUCUUGUUGACAUGGGCCUUGCUUAAUAUACCCAAAUACCGAUCAAAGGCAAGUCUUGCUGGAUCUCGACCUGCCCAGUCCCCAACUGACCUUCUUCGGUACCAUCAAGUAACAUGGCUAUUAAGGUAUUUCAGUAUCCCUUUCAUUGACCCAAGUAAAGUGAGUUAGAUAUAAAGCUAUUGAAAUGGAUGCCCAUUACAGACUGGCCAAGAAAAGCUGAUGCGUAGAGGGAUGUUUCUCAAUGGGGUUUCUGCUUGCAGUGGGCUAUAUGGAUUACUACAGAAAUGCCCCUAUAGGGGCAUGCAUAGGGAUUCCUUAUUUUCCGUGAUCAGUACAAAAGUGCUGAUGAAGUCAACGGCUGAUGAUAUUCGUCAACCUUCUUGCAGGGAAAGCGCAGCAGCUGCCGCCCCCUCGAGGGCUUCUCUUCGCAUCAAAGCACUGCAUCCGUCGCCUACUCUUCAAGAGGCGAGCCCGGCAUUCGAAGGGCUCCAGAAGACAUCCUGUGA